ACCUGAUCUCCUUCGUCCCGCCGAGUCGACUCGUUGCAAAGAGAUAGAGAGAGAGAGAGAGAAAAGGAGAGAAUGCCAGCAGGCCAUGGAGUCAGAUCGCGGACUCGGGACCUGUUCUCGAGGCCAUUCAGGAAGAAGGGUUACAUAGCUCUGACGACGUACCUGAGGACGUACAGAGUAGGGGAGUACGUGGACGUUAAGGUGAAUGGUGCCAUACACAAAGGCAUGCCCCACAAGUUCUACCAUGGCCGUACUGGCAAGGUCUGGAAUGUCACAAAACGUGCCAUCGGCGUCGAAAUCAACAAGCAGGUGGGAAACCGGAUUAUCAAGAAGAGGAUCCACGUACGGGUGGAGCACGUGCAGCCUUCUAGAUGCACGGAGGAGUUCCGGCUGAGGAAGUUGAAGAACGACCAGCUGAAGGUGGAGGCGAAGGCCCGAGGGGAGGUGAUCAGCACGAAACGGCAGCCAGAGGGCCCCAAACCAGGUUUCAUGGUGGAGGGUGCCACCUUAGAGACAGUCACUCCAAUUCCAUAUGAUGUCGUAAAUGAUCUCAAGGGCGGGUACUGAUUCUUUCAAUGCUUGAUUUCUCUGUGAUGUUUCCUUUUGGCAGUUUGUCGCUUUGAGGGCUUGUUUCCGUAGUCAGAUUGAGAUUUGCAAUUUUACUCUCUUUUUUUUAAUUUUUAAUUUUUUAACAAGAGAACAUCUCAUUUAGUCUAUUCAAAUCAGCGGUGGAUAUUCCAUAAAUGUCAAGGGGCCACCAUUAGUGGUGGUAGUUUUGUUAAUUUUAUUUUUCAAUAUAAUUUUUUUGAAUGUUGGCAUUAUUUGGUAUUUAUGGUAAUUACAAUGAGAGAUGAUUGCACAGCGUA